UUGUAGAUUCAACACUCUGCUCUCUCUUACUCUCUCUCUAAAGCCACUCAAGGGCGCGACGCUCGAGUCGUCUGCGUCGAGGACGAGUAUACCGUAUUAUAUUCCCGACUGGCCAGAAUUUGCUAGUGCCGCUUGCCGUCCCGCGCAAAUGAGCAUUCCGUACCAUUUUAAAAUACCAGCAAGAGUACUAUUGCACUAGGAGACCGUCAAUCCCUGGCCGCAUCGCUUGAAGGAUGGUUGCCGGGCAAAGCAACGGCCCGGCGGCCGGGCAUCACAUCUCUAUUAUCCGGUUGAAGCAUGCACUGGCGGAAGUUGAAGCCAGGGUGCGGGCCGUGGACUUCAAGGUGGACUUCACGGUGGUGCCCGACUGGCAGCGGCGCGCGACGCGGCUUAGCAUCGCCGUGUGCUUCUUUGGCAUGCUUGGUCAUAGUAUCCCCUUCCCUCCGGAGCACGCGGCGCUCGCGACCAGCUUCAGGCAGAGCUGCAACUGGGCGGCUAUUACCUCCAUUGUGGUGACAGCGCCGCUGAUCGGCAAGGUGGCUCAGGUGGCGUUCGACCGGUUGUUGGGCACGGCAGUGGGCGGCUUCUUAGGCUUCUUGUGCUACCAGAUCGGCUGGGCUUUGUUCGAACAGGCGAUGGCUGGGGCCUUCAUCUCGUUCGGAGCCGCGGUCACCAUCUGGGCCACUACCUUUCUGGCCUUCAAGCGUUCGCUGGACCAGCUGGCGCGUUUCAUGCAGUUGACGUACUGCAUUGUGGCUUUUGGUGCCAAGCCGGAUAAAGGCGCCCUCCAGCUGGCGCUGCUGCGUGUGGGCGGCAUCUUCGCGGGCGGGCUGUUCAGUGUGCUGCUGGCGGUGCUGGUGCUGCCCCGCAGCGCCUCCAUCGAGAGCCUGCGCGAGAUGAAGAAGGCUCUCAAGUCGCUGCACGACCUCAACAGAGAGGUGUGGGCGUUGAGCGGCGUCACAGGCCCCGGCGCAAGCGUUAAGCGUGCGCACCGAAAGCACUACCGGCACGGCUACGCUGGGGUUCAGGAGCGAAUGGAGGCGGCUGCGGCCAACGCACACACCAGUGGCGCCGCCAACGGGCUCAAGUCCAGCACCAGUGACUCGGCGCUGCUGGCGUCAACGGCAAACGGCGGCGGCAAGAGCUUGUCGCGGCACAGCGCGAGCGCGCAGUUCGACAUGAGCUCUGACUACCUGGACCUGCUGGUGCAGCGGGACGAGGAGAUGGAGUCGCGGGAAGCUCUUGUCGAGAAGCUGUUUACCACUGUGUAUACCACGCUUGCCAAGGUGGAUGAGAGCCUAGCGCAGGUGAAGGGCGAGAUCUACGUCUGGCACUUCUACGGGCGGUACUUCUUCCUGCCGGGCGUGCACUGGUUCCCGGUGAAGGGCCGCUGGACAGUGCCCAAGAAGGACCUGGAGGACAUGGCCACGUGCGUGCGGCGGCUGGCGCGCAUGCUGUGGACGCUGCUGCUGGAUUUUGAGGAGGGCUUUGACGCGGAGAUGGAGAGCGUGCUGCAGACCUACUACCCCAAGCAGCUGCUGUCGGAGCUGGCGGAGUACCAGAGCCGCGCCAUCGCCGACCUGCUGCAGGCGUUCCCCAACAGCACCCACAUCGAGGUGGACAACUUGCUCACGCUGGGGCAGGUCACCGACUGCCUCAUGCAGAUCAGCGACGCGCGGGCGCGGCAGACGGUGUUCCAGGUCAAGCGGACGCGCAGGACCCUAUCGAACGCCAUGCCCUCCCUCCCGCCGUCCGGCGCCAACCGCACGGGCGGUGUCUUUGUCGGCGGGAGUGGUGUCGCUGGUGGAAGCGGCAGCAUUGGCGGCGGAGCGCUUGGAGCCGGCGCUGGCGCCAGAUCGGCACGCCGUAGCGUGCAGGGCGAGGGCAGCCUGACUGACGGCAGCAGUAAGGCCACAGGCAGUGGCAACAUCCGUGCGGGCGGCAUCGGCAUGCUGUCUGCCGCGGGCAGCGGCAACGGAAAGGCAACGGUCGGCAUAGCGAGCGUGGUGGCUGCAGCUGCGGUGGCGCGGCGAAUCUCGCAGGGCUCACAGGGUCCGGCGGCGUCGCCGGAACAGGACAUGCAGCUGGAGAAGAUGCCCCUGCUGGCGCAGCAGCCCACCUCUACGUCGCCGGCCGCAGUCCCCGCAGGCAUGUCCUCGCCAAUCCCUGUGCCGCCAUCAGCCGCGCGCAGGACGACGUCCGGCAGCAGCAGUGGUGCCGCAACGAGUGCCUUGGGCACGGCUCCCAGCGGCAAGAGCGCAUCGGCUAGCCAGCUGCCUGGCGGCAGCGCAAGCACGAGUGUUGGGGCCGGCGGGGGCAUGUUCAUAUCACGGCUGCUGUCGGGCACGCCCGGGGCGCAUGUGACGCUGCACCUGCCGCCUCGGCGCUUCGUGCAGGAGCAGCAGCACCAGCUCUUGCUCCAGCAGCAACAGCAGCAGCAGCAGCACCCCGAUGAGCAAGAGGAGGAGGAUGAGCGGGCGCAGCUGUUGUCAGGGGCGCCGCGCUCAGAGUCUGCCGCUGCUGGUUCUGGGGCUGACGCAAACUGGACGGCAGCCGCGCCUGCAAGUGCAAGUGCAACGGCAGCAAUGGUGGCGGCCCCAGCGCCUGCACUCGUUGACCGGAGUGACUCGUUCGACAUUUUUGGUGGCGCCGAUUUCAGCUUUGCCCCGUUGCAGCAGCCGGCUUUGGCUGAUACAGCCUCGGCACAGCUCCAGUCGCCGGCAGCUCGCAAUGGGUCGGGUCAGUCGGCGGCUACGUACAGUGUCACAGAGAACACAGAGUCUGCGCAGCCCGGCGCUCUGGCGCAGCUGCCCACGCUUGCGCCGGGUAUCUUUCCUGACUUGGCGCCAGCGGGUGCGCUGGAACCACGCGCCUCCGCGCAGGUGGGGCAGGGCUUGCCACAGCCACCACGCGCCCCGCUGCCGCCUGCUCCGUCCCCGCCGCCGCCGUUGGGCGAAGAGCAGUCGGGCAGUGUCAGUAGCGUCGCACCGGGGUCAGAUACGGCAUCUGGAGGGCUGCCGCCACGGCCGCCGGCGCAGCGGACGCCGUCCAACAGUGGCGGUCCUCCAGCGGCGGCAGCCAGCGGCGCUGCAACCAUCAGCGCGCCUCGCUCGUUGCCCACCAUUCAGUCCGGUAGUGACCUAACCGCACUGGACGCAGCAUUAACGUCCACCGGCGCGGAUGCCGGCGGCACCGGUACGAGCGACGUCGGCUCGCCCUUCGCGGUGAUGUCGCGAUUCGCACGCUUCAGCGCCACUGGUCAGGACCCCAGCCAGUCGGUGUUUUCAAGGCCGUCCACUGAUUCCAACUAUUCGCAGCGCCGGAGCGUGAAUGAGUCCAUGGGCGCGGGCAUGGGCACGGCUGCAGGCGUGGGCGUGGGCGGGAGUGCACUUGCCGGAGGUACCCCAGCGGCAGCUCAGUCAGUGCCGCCGGCAGCUGGGGCAGCGCCAGCCACUGGCUUCACAUCCAGCGUCUUCGUCACCUCAGCCGCCGCCACGGCCACGGCAGCCACCAUCGCCUCUGGCGGCGUUGCCGCCCCCGCCGCCGCUUCAGGUACCGCCGCUGCAGUCGAUCCAGCUGCAGCCCUAGGCAGCGGCGGUGCUGCAGCCGCUGCUGCUGCCGCCGCCACCGCAGGCGCAGGAUUCCUGGGUCAGGAGUUUACGGAGGAGAUGCUGGCCAACCUCACGCGGGGGAUGAGCGGGCUGGAGGCGAGUACCCUUGUGGUGGAGCCGGUGACCUUCCCGCCCACAGAGGAAGGCUACUUGUCGCAGGUGCGCUGGAACACGUUCCAGUUUAUCAUGGACGAGAUCCUGGAGGAGCUGGAGGAGGCCUUCUACGCCUGCUCCUUGGUGCUGCGGAAGCUGCCCUACCCCAUCGGCAAGUAAGAAGCACACGAGCGCAUACGAGUGCGAUUUGCCGACUUCGACAUGAAGUGAGUGCUUCUGAGGAGGGCACGCUGACGGCAAUCAGAGUGUGGUACAUACUUCGGCAUACGGACGUACAGGGGCUUAGGACAAAGCUGACAAAACCAUCAUAUGCAUGUGAGCGCGUGCACAACACAAGCAGUGAACAUUUGCUAUGGGCCUAUGGCUGUAGGCUAGGGCGGCGCGUGGACUGCAUGUGCAAGCGCAGGUCGUGAUACAGGCUCCGUGCUUCGAAGUACUGUAGUGUGUGAACUUGCGUAAUGAGGUUGAUUGGUGCGUGGAGAUGGGGAAGGGAAGUUAGGGUGGUACCGUGGUAGCACGAGGGGUUGGAAGCAAUGCUGCCUCGGAAGGCUGCGGCCACGAGGGAGCUGCAGGCCAGGGCUGCAGGCAAUGCACGGUAGUGUGCAAGCGCGUGCCCUUCCGUGAUCGUGUUGGCACCUGGACUGGACGCGCAUUCCGUCAUUCCGUGGAGGGUUGCUUCGUGGGCAAGGCUGGUGGUGUGUGCCACGCUACAGACAGCUGCCGUGGUGGUGUCGACGAGUGUGGUGGUGCUCGUGGCUGUUGGCAAUUGCAACAGUGUGCGAAACAAGAAGCAGGCCACGUAAAUCAAGGUGUCCGAAUCCGCGGGCACCGUAUGCCUUCCAGCGCAGGUGCUCGCCUUUCAUGAGCAGACUCCACGAAUUGA